AUGACGGUGUCUUACACUCUCAAAGUGGCAGAGGCGCGCUUCGGAGCCUUCUCUGGCCUGCUCCUCCGCUGGAGGGGCAGCAUCUACAAGCUUCUGUACAAGGAGUUUCUGCUGUUCGGUGCCUUGUAUGCUGUGCUCAGCGUCACCUACCGGCUGUGGCUGACCCAGGAGCAGAAGCAUAUUUAUGCCCAGGUGGCCCGAUACUGCAACCGUUCAGCAGACCUCAUCCCUUUGUCCUUCGUGCUGGGUUUCUACGUGACUUUGGUGGUGAACCGAUGGUGGUCUCAGUACACGAGCAUUCCACUGCCGGACCAGUUAAUGUGUGUCAUCUCAGCCUGUGUGCAUGGCGUGGACCAGAGCGGCCGUUUACUACGCCGAACUCUCAUCCGCUAUGCCAACCUGGCGUCGGUGCUGGUGCUGCGAUCUGUCAGCACCCGUGUGCUCAAGCGCUUCCCCACUAUGGAGCACGUGGUGGAUGCAGGUUUCAUGUCUCAGGAAGAGAGGAGAAAGUUUGAGAGCUUGAAAUCUGAUUUUAACAAGUACUGGGUCCCUUGCGUCUGGUUCACUAACCUCGCCGCCCAGGCCCGCAGGGAUGGACGAAUCCGUGACGACAUCGCUCUUGGUCUCAUACUGGAAGAGCUGAACAAGUACCGCGCCAAGUGCAGCAUGCUGUUUCACUAUGACUGGAUCAGCAUCCCCCUUGUCUACACCCAGGUGGUGACGAUAGCCGUUUACUCCUUCUUCGCCCUUUCCCUGGUCGGCCGACAGUUUGUGGAGCCGGAAACAGGGGCUGCCAGACUUCAGGAGCCUCUGGAGCCAGCCAAAGAGGUCUCUCCAGCCCUGGGGGACCCGGACAUGUUUGUGCCUCUUACCACGUUGCUGCAGUUUUUCUUUUACGCUGGUUGGCUCAAGGUAGCCGAACAGCUCAUUAACCCCUUUGGUGAAGACGAUGACGACUUCGAGACCAAUCAGCUCAUAGAUCGAAACCUGCAGGUGUCCCUGCUCUCGGUGGAUGAUAUGUACCAGAACCUGCCUCCUGCUGAGAAGGAUCAGUACUGGGAUGAGGCCCAACCUCAACCACCCUAUACGGUGGCCACAGCCGCUGAGUCACUGCGUCCUUCCUUCUUGGGUUCCACUUUCAACCUGCGCAUGAGUGAUGACCCUGAGCAGUGCCUGCAGGUGGAGGCGUCCCCAAGGUCCGACCUGCCAGCAACCGCCGCCCAGACCCCGCUGCUGGGCCGCUUCCUGGGCUCAGGAGCGCUCUCGCCUGCUAUAAGCCUACGGAACUUCGGGCGAGCACGCGGCGCCCCCAGGACCCCGCACCUGCUCCGCUUCCGGACCGAGUUGGGCGGUGAGGAGGCUGCCAGCCGUAUAGAUGAGGCUGAGGAAUCUGGCGAUGAAGCCCUGGAACCUUGA